AUGAGGAGUAUAUUCCUGUGUUGCGCCGUGUUGGCGGCGCUGGCGUACGUCAGUUGCCGCGAGGUGACGAGAGAAAAGAGGGACGCCGAUUUAGAUACAGCUGCGUCCGACAAAGGUGGCAAGUGGGACAAAGGAGGCGGCCACGAGCACCACGAGGAUCACCAUCACGACCACGGGGAGAAAGGACAUAAAGGAUACAAGGGCCAUCAUCACCACGAGCACGGCAAAAAGGGUCACCGCCAUCAUGAGGGUCACAAGGGUCAUCACGACGAGCACGGCGGUCACAAGAAGCAUCACCACCACGACGAUGGGCAUCAUCACGAGCAUCACCACGGGGAAAAGGGGCACAAAGGACACGGUCACCACGAAGAAGGGCACUACCACAAGGGCCACUCCACGAAGGGGCAUCAUGGAGUGCACAAACACGACGAAUUUAAGAAGGAAAAGCAUUUCCACGACCAUCAUCACGACGGCGGACACCACGAGCACCACGGAGGGCAUCACGAGGAGCACGGCCACAAGAAGGGCGGCGGCCACCACAAGGGACACAAGCACGGCGGGCACCACCACCACGAGCACGGCAAGAAAGGCCACCACGAAAAGGGAGGUCACCAUCACGACCACAAAGACCACCACGACGAGGGCGGUCAUCACGAGCAUCAUCAUCAUCACGAUGAUCAUGGCAAGAAGGGCGGCCACGAGGACCACAAGCACUGGGGCUACAAGAAGGGACACAAAUAAGCUCUUCUUCGGAACAAUGACUGAAUCUUGUAAAAUAAC